CACAUGACGUCAGUUACUGUAGCGCUCACUGUUGCGGGAAAAGCUGUUCACCGAUGACUGGACAUUUACAUCAGAUGAAAUAGCUGGGUUUCGAAAGCGAAACGUCAAGUCAACGGGGUUUUGCAGUGGCUAAUAUAUUACACUGUUUAAGAAGGGCCGCCAGUGAGAGAAACAGACCAUGUCUCAGGACAAGAACAGCUACCCCGGGGUCAUGGGGGAGAACAACCCCCUCCACAACAACGUCUACGGACCGCCCCAGCCCGGGUUCGGGAUAGCCCCUCCCAACUACACCCCGGCUCCAGUGCAAGCUCCAUACCCCGGCCAGCCUGCAGCCUAUGGCCAGCCUACACCAUACGAUCAACCUGCCCCCUAUGGUCAACCUGCACCCUAUGGUCAGCCCGGAUUUCCCCAGGGAGGCCCAGGGUUUGGACAGGGACCCUACCCUCAGAUGCCCUAUCCCCAGGGCCCCUACCCCACAGUGCCCUACCAGCAACCUGCACAGCCAGGGUUCCCUGGUGACCCCAACACUUCCGCGGGUGACGGUUACCAUGGGGACGUGCCGCCGUCUUACUACGACAACGAGGAGUUUACCAACUCUGGCUUUGAGGACAAGAGCAUCCGACAGGCGUUCAUCAGAAAGGUGUUCCUGGUGCUGACCGUUCAGCUGAUGGUCACCUUCUCCUUCGUGGCCGUCUUCACCUUCGUGGACGAUGCCAAGUUGUUUGUGCGGCGUAACCCCUGGACGUACUACGUGUCCUACGCCAUCUUCUUUGUGUCUCUCAUCACCCUCAGCUGCUGUGGAGAGUUCCGGCGCAAACACCCCUGGAACCUGAUCGCAUUGUCCAUCCUGACCCUGAGUCUGUCCUACAUGGUGGGGAUGAUCGCCAGCUUCUACGACACGGAGACUGUCAUCAUGGCUGUGGGCAUCACCGCUGUGGUCUGCUUCACCGUGGUCCUCUUCUCACUACAGAGCAAGUAUGACUUCACUUCCUGCCGCGGCGUUCUGUUUGUGUGUUUGAUCGUCCUGCUGCUCUUCUCCAUCCUCUGCAUCUUCAUCCGCCACAGGAUCCUCCACAUCGUCUACGCCUCCCUGGGAGCCCUGCUCUUCACCUGCUUCUUGGCCGUGGACACCCAGCUCCUCCUGGGCAACAAGAAYCUGGCUCUGAGUCCAGAGGAGUACAUCUUUGCCGCUCUCAACCUCUACACAGACAUCAUCAACAUCUUCCUCUACAUCCUGGCUAUCGUGGGCCGUUCCCGUGAGUGAUGGAGCGACGCCCUCUAGAGGAAAGGGGGAGGAAGGCAGCCAGGAGGCUUGAAUGAUGCUCUUUUCCCCUCGGUGUCUUUUUGUAUGAUUUGUUCCACUUUUUGAGGUUCCCUCCAAUUUGUCUGUUACACCUCCCCGCCAUCAUCCCACCCCCUUCAGGAGACGAAUUGGGUGACAGAAAAAAGGGUUCUGUCACCUAUUGCAGCAGGCCUGCCAUAGAGUGCAGCAAAGAAGGGCACACUUUUGAAGUUAUUUAUUUGAAGUUCUAUUUAAGUAUGUUAUAAGUUAUUCCUUUUUUUUUUUUUUUUUUACAUUCCUUGUUUGUUUUUAUGUAUUCUGCUUGUUCUGUCCUCCUUGGCAAUCUGCUUCUACUUACAGAGAUAUGGUAGCUAACUAGUACAUCACUUCUGAACAACAUUAGCUGAACGAAUUCUAUAGAACUCUCCUGUCCUCUGCGAUUUUGUCGCUUUUCCUUGCCUUGUAGAUUAAGCACUGUAGAGAGAGAGAGUGGUAUGCUAUCUGAUAGAGAAAGCCACGCUGUGAUGCAGGCCAGCGCUUUUUAAGGAAGAAACCUAGAAACAACACCUUUCCUGCUAUUUUCUCCCCCUCUGGUGUUCCCUCAUUUUCCUGCCAAUGUAAAUUAACUCUGCAUGGCACCUGAAACAGCUGAAAUGAGCUGAAUAGAUGAAUAAAAACCCUCCAGAGGGAUACCUCUCCUAGCCUGCUUGUUACGUAGCUGUACAUAGUUCUGUCUGAAAUGUAUAUGACGCUUAGUUCCCUAACCAGCUCUCUAGGCAUGCCCGGGGAGUGUAUGGCUGUGAUGCUCACUAUAUAUAUAUAUCACAUACUUUCUCCCCAUCCC